GAAAUAGAUAGCGAGGCGUGGCAGUAGGGCGGAUCGAGGCAAACUCGAAGACGCCAUGUUCGAUUUCGAAUUCGAACAAGGUACCCGCAGCUGUUAGCUGACAAAGUUGUUCAAAUCUCGACGCAGGAAAUCAUACAGGCCUUACUGGGAUUAUCAGUCCGAAUUUUACACAAACAGAAGGUACAGGGUUUUUGGAUAUCUGUCCACGCAGCUUAUCAAAACUACAAAAAUGUUGAAGCACAUUCGCUGUAAUGAAUGCUUCACUAAGGCUAAUCUCAGCAAAACGCCGUUCAACCUGACGGAGUGUGGACAUAUAUUUUGUGAUCGGUGUAUCGUUCAAGCAAAGAAGCAAUGCAUUGUUUGCAAUACCACUGAUGCUCCAUCGAUAAUCCUUCAAGAACCAUUGAACGACAAUGUUGCAAUAUUCUUCAAAUCAAUAAAAGAAACGUCGUCUCUAGUUAUGCGGGUCGCUACAUUCCAAGAAGAACAGUUUGAUUUAUUCAUCAAGAGGUUCGAUGAAAUUAAUGAGAAAUACGUAUACAUCAAAGAAGCUUACAACAACAUGGAAAUGGGAAUUGUUAAGAUACACAAGAAGUACAAACAGGACAAAUCAGACGAUAAGAAGAAAAUACGCAAAUUGGAACAGGAGGUAAUGGAACUGCGGUUCGCCCUAGAGAAAAGGCAGCAAGGUCCGUUUCAUUACAUCAACAGCAAGACGACUGUUCCCACAUCCGCGCGUAGCCGACAAGGUUUUAUGGAGAGACUGCCGUCGAAUGCGGUCAAGUUCAACUUUGGAAAUUCCUGCAACUCACAUAGGAGCAACUAUUUCACGGCAUCGGCAAAUGCGGCGAAGGUCAAUCAUAGGCACUAUACCGAAUCAGGCUCGGUAUUUCGAGUGCCGAACACUGGAUGCGUACCAAGGUCAACAAUGGAUAUGUCAACAGGGGGAACAAAGAUCUCCGCAUCAACGUACAAACUUCCCAGUCGUUUUGAUUCAAUGAUGGUGUAAAGGGCUAGAAUUUCCCGGAUAAGACAUUUUUAUAAUAUAAAACAAGAUAUCAAUAUAAUCGACGGUACAGCCCCGUAUAAACCGUACGGUAAACAAGUUCCAAUGUGUUCUAAAUAUUCGUCCAAAAUAGCCCAGUAUUUUCAUUUCAAAUGUACCAUACCUUGGUCAAAUUCUUUCAAUUUAUCGGUCGAUAUAAAUAGCGUUUCAUGGAACCCGACUGAAGAAUAAUCAAGUAAAUAUACGAUAACAGCGACAACUCGGAAACUUCGCUGUAAAGUUGGGUUGUGGAAAUUAUUCAUGGCUAAAUUAAUAUAUCGUGUACCUUAACUGCAGUUGUGUUGAAAAUAAAAUUAUUACGAAAGAAUCAAAUUGCGUAGACGAAUUUAAAAUAUUGGAAUAUCAGCAUAGUUAUCCAGAUAUGUGCGAAACUAUGAAGUUCAACUAUUUCGCACGGCAAACCGAUUUCAUAGCUUCGGCGGUUAUAUUUCAUUAUAUAUUCACACGAAAUCAUAAACUCACUUGUUCUCGCAUUAAUGAUAACACAUAGACAUUUAUUAAAUUUACCAAUAUUAUCAAGGUGUUUAUAUACAGAAAUUUACACAGGUAAUAUACAAAUCGAAUGACUUCUCAGAUUUCCCAAUCUUCUAACUACAGACCAUUCUCAGUCGUAACUUCAGUUCAUAAAAGAAUGAAAUUUAUUAUUCAAAAUUCAGUCCGUAUAGCCUCGCUAUGUUCUCAAUUCAUUUCACACGAUAAAAACAAAGAGAUAAUUAAAAACAAAAAAAUUAUGGAAUAAAAGGAAACGAGGAAAAAAUAAAAAUAAGGUAAGUGGUAGCUACGGUCCUGUGUAUAAUUGCGUACGCGAAAUUUCGGAAACAGAUGCAUAAACGUAUAGUACAUCGUAUUUGAUUUAUUAGAAUGAGCGAAUCGAUUUAGAAUUUGUGCAAUAAAUAAAUUGGCAAUAAAUUGAUGUAAAUGUUUCAAAGAGGGUGUUUUUGAAAUUGAGUGAAGAAGACAUAGGUUUCUAAUCUUUUUUUUUUUCUACGCGAGCAUUGCAUCCCAGAGCCAAAAGUUAUUCGUCGCUUGAAUCUGCCUUUGGAAAGAAUUUUCUAAGAUUAAUAAUCAGUAGUUGCGCGAUCUGUUCGCAUUGCUAGCAGCCAAGAAGACAAUAGGCAUACAGCCGAAAUACCGUACAGUUGAAACAUGGUAGAAUGAACUGAUAAUUUAACGAAAUAUUGCAGAUUGAAAGAUGAUCAAUAAUUAAAACACUAAAUUAUAAUGAAAAAGAAUGACGUCAGCUCGAAUCAUUUGAUAAAAUCAUUUUAAAAAAUGACGAUACACUAACCGCAUGCACAUCCAUCAGCUGCAUAGCUCAACUAACUACAAAUGACCACGUAUGUAUUUUUGGACUCGGACAUAAGACUUGGAAAAAUCUGUUUGACCUUAUUUCUAUAAACUAUUCUUCAUUCUAUACAUUGAUGGCUUAAAUUUUUCCGUCUAAAUACCACGUGCCGCACAAUUAUCGCUUAAAUAUAUAGAGAAGACCAAUUCAUUAUUGGUCUAAAACGUUCAUUACAAAUUAGUUUAAAUCUUAUGUCUCCGUUCCACUGACCAUACAUACCUUAAAUUCUGACUACCUAACUCCUAUCAUAAGUAACACUUAGAAUAUUAUAAGACACAUAUUAUUAUUUAUUUCUGAUGAAAAUUAAUCAUAGGCGUAUGUAAGCCAACUACUGCUCAC